CGCCGGGAGGGAGCGGGGCCACGGCGGCAGCCGGGCUGGCUUCCAGCUUCCUGGAGCCAAAUGGCUCCUGCCUGCCUGCUUGGGGUCUGCAGCCUCCUCUGCGCCUGGUCAGUGGUGACGGGACACCCCUGCAGCCUCGACCACCAGGGAUGGGCCAACUGCAAUGGGAAGAGCCUCCUGCACGCUCCAAGUUCCCUUCCAAGGAACAUCACCGGUCUGGACCUCUCCUUCAACUCCUUGGUCGUGCCCCGUCACGGGACUCUUUUGGUGCAUUUCGCUUCCCUGCACUCCCUCAACCUGUCCAGCAAUGCCCUGCUGGCGCUGAGCCCAGCAGUCUUCUCCAACCUCGGAGCACUGCGUCUGCUGGACCUGAGCAGCUGCAGCAUCGCCUACCUCCACACGGACACUUUCAAGGGCUUGGGAAACUUGCACACACUGCUUCUAAGAAACAACAGUCUGCAAGAGCUUGAGGUCCCUUUCUUCCUGCCGCUGAAGGCUCUUUUCCACCUGGACCUGCAGCACAACGCGCUGGUCUCUGUGGACCCUUGGAGCCUGCAGCUGAUGGAGGCAGUCCCGCAGGUCCGGCUGGAAGGGAACCCCUGGGUCUGCGACUGCACCGCACACCCUCUGCAGCAGUGGCUGCAGCGCAGGCGAGCUGUGCAGGUGACCUGCGCGUCGCCCCCGGGGCUGCGGGGCCGGGAGGUCGCAGCUCUGGAUUCCCAGGACCUGGGCUGCUGGAUGAAGCAGCGGUUUCCUCGGGGGGCCAGCACGGCCCAGCAGAUCACAGUGACCCACAGCAACACCACCACGCCGCCCACCACGAAGGCAGGAAGGAGCUGGCCGUACCUGGUGGGCUUCCUGGUGGCAGCAAUCAGCAUCUCCAUCCUGAUCGCUCUGGCUGCCAAGUGCAAGCUCUUCCACAAGAACUUCGCCAGCUACCGCCACCGGCCACUGCCCGAAACCAGCUCUAUCGGAGGUAGCCCCAUGGAGGACAGCAGUGACUGGGACAGGGGGUCCUCAGGCCAGGGGGCCAGCAAGAACCACCCCAUGCCUGGUGCUGCUGACCUGCAAGCUGAGGAUGACGAUGGCUUCAUCGAGGACAACUACAUCCAGCCAAGUGAGCAUCUGCCAGAGGAAGAGGAGCGGGAGGUACACCUCUCCAUCUGAGCCUGCAGCCCAGCCACCACCGCUGCGGCCUCUCACCCUCCCCCCACCUCCAUCCCCUUCCUGCCCUUUUCCACCUGCCCUUGGCUUUUGGCCCCACAUAGCUGGGGGCAGGAGGAAAGGAGUGGAGAGGAGGGGAGAUGAGGUAAGCUGUGAAUGGUGAUGGAGGCUGAAGGCAGCCAGCCCCACGGUGCCCAAGCGUGACGCCAGCGGGGCUGCACCGGCACGGGGACACCAGAGCCUCUGCUGCGCUCCCAGCCCUGCUCAGAUGCUGAGGAUGAAGGAGAUGGUGCCUAUCACGCCCGGGCAGCCUGGUCGAGUGGAAGAGGAGCCUGCCCUGGUGCUCCCUGCAGGGUCUCGUGCAUGGGUCCUGCUGCCCCACGGUGCCAGACCCAGCCCUGCUCCGUCCCCCAAUGCCCCAAUGCGUUGUCACUCCAGGGUGUGAUUAAAGCGUGAUUUAACCCUGCCUCUGCCUGCAGUGGUUUGUCGGGAGGAGACCCCCAGCCCCACAGCCGGGGUGUGGUUUUGUUUGCAUGUGCUUUCAAGGACCAUAAACACGUCCCUGGUUAACUGCGGCGGUGAGAGCACAGGUCUGUGGCACAGCGAGUGCUCCUGUGCAAACAAAUCUGUCACCUGCUGGGGCGCGGGCAGCCCCGGUGCGUCGUCGCAGGGUUUCUGUGCACGUCUCUCCAGCAUUGCUUCCUGCUGCGGCCCUUCUCUCUUUUCUCUCUCCCUUCUCCAGCAGGACGUGCCAGGACUGCACUUACCUUUCCCAUGCCAGCUCUGCGGAGCCGAGCAACGCGGCGGCGCCCGUUGUGGCGUCGGGCAGGCACGUGCGCUGGGGCGAGACCGCCCUGUCCCCCGGCACCCAUUACGGAGUCCCGUCUGUAUCUCUACCCGUGGAGUUAUACGAACAU